AUGCGCCCAGCCACCUAUCUGGUAGCUCUCUUCUGCGGAGGCAACCUGGCUCGUUCAACAACAUCUAAAUUGGACCGAGCUUUGGACGGCGACCUCGUUCAACAUGCGGCGGACAACUGCACUCAAAGCUCCCAGUCUACUCCUUUUUGGAGAAUUGACGAUUUCGUGAUGAAAGUCUACGACUGGGACAAUGGCGGUUCAAUGGGCACAUUCGGCUUCAAAUCCUACUACUCAGCAACAAACACGACUGUGCAAUGCAUGGCGGAGAACGUUGACCUGGCGAAGCUAGGAGAGGGAUGGUCCAAGUGCAACGAUACUGGAUCGGAGUUUCAAUUUGAUUUCACCCAAAUAAGCUUGACCAUGAAGGAAACAUGGACAUGUUCAGGAACGGUUUUCAAUGCAAAUGCCACAGGGCUGCUAAUGUUGCACGGUUGCCUCGAUACGAACACAGAGAAAGGUGUCGAGUCGGACUGCAACCUGAUGGAGCUGGAAAUGGAGGCCGACGCACCCUCUUCUGCGAUGGUGUAG